UGUCCUUUUAUUGCAUUAUUUUUUGUUUAUUAUACUUGGUUUUUUGCUUAUCUACACUUGAUUUCCACUAGUGUUUUGCUCACUCUUUUCAAAAAAGAUUUCUUGAAGGGAUCAUUUAGAUAGAUUGACAAGAAAGAUGGAAGUAACCAAUGUUACUGAGUAUCAAGCAAUUGCUAAAGAGAAGUUGCCUAAAAUGAUCUAUGAUUACUAUGCUUCUGGUGCUGAGGAUCAGUGGACUCUAGAAGAGAACCGAAAUGCUUUUUCAAGAAUCUUGUUUAGGCCUCGAAUUCUUAUUGAUGUGAGCAAAAUCGACAUGACCACCACAAUUUUGGGAUUCAAGAUAUCGAUGCCUAUUAUGAUUGCACCCACAGCCAUGCAGAAAAUGGCUCAUCCUGAAGGGGAGUAUGCAACUGCAAGGGCUGCAUCUUCGGCUAAUACUAUCAUGACGUUGUCUUCAUGGGCAACUUCUAGUGUUGAGGAAGUUGCUUCAACAGGACCUGGAAUCCGCUUCUUCCAGCUAUAUGUGUACAAGGAUAGGAAUGUUGUUGCUCAGCUAGUGAGAAGAGCCGAAAGAGCUGGUUUCAAGGCUAUUGCUCUUACAGUUGAUACACCAAGGCUUGGACGUAGAGAGGCCGACAUCAAAAACAGAUUUACUUUACCCCCAUUUUUGACAUUGAAGAACUUUGAGGGUUUGGACCUCGGGAAAAUGGAUGAAGCUAAUGACUCUGGCUUAGCUUCUUAUGUUGCUGGUCAGAUUGACCGCACCUUGAGCUGGAAGGAUGUGAAGUGGCUCCAAACCAUCACCACUAUGCCGAUCCUGGUGAAGGGUGUGAUCACUGCUGAGGACACAAGAUUAGCGAUUCAAGCUGGUGCAGCUGGUAUUAUUGUCUCCAAUCAUGGAGCUCGCCAGCUAGACUAUGUGCCUGCCACCAUCAUGGCUUUGGAAGAGGUUGUAAAAGCAGCCCAAGGUCGUGUUCCCGUGUUCUUGGAUGGUGGGGUCCGCCGUGGAACAGAUGUUUUUAAGGCACUGGCUCUGGGAGCUUCAGGCAUAUUUAUUGGGCGACCUGUGGUGUUUUCUUUAGCUGCUGAAGGAGAAGCAGGAGUGAAAAAGGUACUUCAAAUGUUACGUGAUGAGUUUGAGCUGACGAUGGCGUUAAGUGGCUGCACAUCACUCAAGCAGAUCACACGAAACCACAUUGUGACUGAGUGGGAUGCACCUCUUUCUCGCCCUGCACCAAGAUUAUAGAUGCUCUGAAUCCGAUACAACUGUAUUUCCAAUGCCAAAGUAAAAGGUAUAGCACUUCUUAAAGUUGCAACAUUGUCCCAUCUGCCUUUGGGGAAUUCGUAUCGUUUCAAAUUUGUUUCUUCUUCUAUUUGAAAUUUCUGGUUCUUGAAUAAUAAGUAAUAUGAUAUGAAUAUACACAUUACCCGAA